CCACACAUUUCCCACCACAAGCUAGGACUCUUCCCCUGCUUUGGGACAACAUCAAAUCAGACCCCUUAACCCUCCGUCUUCCUAAUCAAACCCAUCAUCCUGUCCUUCAUGGCUUCUUAGUGCCUAAUGAAUCAUAAACGCAAAACAUCACAAACCGACAUGUUCUUCUGUCACUUCCCAUUUUUCAGUCCAACCCCAUUUCUGAGCUCUUUCUUCUGCAUAUGCCGCUGCUCUUCUUAGUUUUCAACGAACCUGCGAUACAUCCCAUGAUGCUCCCUUGUUCAUCAGUUUCCUGGUAUUUUUAAUGUGUUUGUUGGUGUCUGAUAGGUUGUAUACUGUCAAAGGGAUCUAUCGCAUUCAUAUAUAUGUAUAUAGAGUGAGACAUUGAUAUCAGUCAGAUUGUGGAGGUUAGUCGGAGGGGGUAGUUGAGAUUUUCAAGAGCUGUCAUUUAAUGGAGCUGAAGAUGCUGGUCGGUUCCAACUCCAUGUCCAUGUUUGGCUCCUCUGAGGUCUCAGUCCCAACAGGGACAAGAGCCUGCUUGAGCUCUGUUCUUGGUUUCAGGGACAUUCUGAGUGUCAGAUCCUCUCCUGGGCAGCUCUGUUACUCCUGCCGAGGUGGCUAUCCUGUGAAAUGCUCGUAUUCGAGGACAUCGAACAACGCAGAACUCUCAAAUGGAUCAAUGAGUCCAAGUAAGUUCGUGUCAGACUCCUGCUCAUACCAUAUCAAUGGAACCAAUGGCACAAGCUCGAGGGCCUAUGCGCCCAAUGGCGCAAGCUCGAGGGCAUAUGUGCAAGAACUGAGUAUACUCGAUGCCUGUGAUGAUGAAUACGGGGGAGUCGUGGUUAAUGCCGAUAAUUUACCGCUCAAACCAAAUGCUUUUGCCUCGCGUCUUUGUUCCUCCCUUUCUCACUGGCGAAAGACGGGGAAGAAAGGGAUAUGGUUAAAGUUGCCUGUGGAAUUUGCUGAGUUUGUUCCCAUUGCCGUGAAGGAAGGAUUCGAGUACCAUCAUGCUGAGAGAGGAUACGUGAUGUUAACUUACUGGAUUCCUGAAGGGCCCUGCUUGCUCCCUGCCAAUGCUUCUCAUCAAGUGGGUGUUGGCGGUUUUGUUAUAAAUGAGAAUAAUGAGGUUCUCGUAGUGCAAGAGAGAUACUGCACUCCUACUUUUGCUGGUCUGUGGAAAUUGCCGACGGGAUUCAUUCUCGAGUCAGAGGAGAUAUUCGAAGGAGCAGUCAGAGAAGUCAAGGAGGAAACCGGUAUUGAUUCCGAGUUUGUGGAAGUAAUUGCCUUCAGACAUGCUCACAACGUGGCAUUCGAGAAGUCAGACCUGUUCUUCAUUUGUAUGCUGAAACCAGUAUCAACAAAAAUCAUGGUGGAUGAUCAUGAAAUUCAAGCUGCAAAGUGGAUGCCGCUCGUGGAUUUUGUUGAGCAGCCGCUAAUCCAAGGGGACAAGAUGUUCAAGAAAAUAAUUGACAUCUGCAUCGCCCGUCUUGGAAGGAGAUACUGUGGGCUGCAUCCUCACCAAGUGAUCUCAAAGUUUGACGGGAAAGAAUCUACAUUGUAUUACAACGUCGUUGAGACCAUAGACGCGAACUGUGAAGCCAACUCAAGCUCGUGAUGGAACUGCUGGUCUACUAAUCAGUGGCCCCGCUAUUUCUUUCCCUCUUGUUUUUUGUCUGGGAAAUCCAUUUUGAAUAUCUGCUGCUCUCAGCAGUCGUGUUAGCAUUGUAUACUGCAGUGAUAUGUGUCGUGUACAUAUAUGUUCUCAUGUAUUCGUAAGCUGUAUAUGUCAAAGAUUGUACCAUAAUGGACUUUUACAGUAAAACACUUCUUCAAUGAAUUGGGUUUUUGGCC